CAAACUAUGGUCAGGGUGUGACAGUCAAGUUUGAGAGAGCUUGACCUGGGAGGAAAGAAACUCCAGGAUUCAGGAGUGAGAUUCAUCUGUGCUGGACUUGAGAAUCCACAGUGUAAAUUGGAGACACUGAGGCUGGCAGGCUGCAGCAUCACAGAGGAAGGCUGUGCUUCUCUUGCUUCAGCUCUGAGGUCAAACCCCUCCCACCUGAAGGAGCUGGACCUGAGUGGAAAUACUCCAGGAGACUCUGGAGUAAAGCUGCUCUCUUCUGUACGAGAGGAUCCCCUCUAUACACUGGAGAGACUGCGGAUCAAGACACACAGACCAGUCUCACCUGUACCUAGCUGUGUCUCCAUGAAGAGUGACAGGUCUAUGCGACCUCCUAUUCACUUCAGGGAGGGAGACUUUUCCACUGAACAAAGGAUCAAGACAGACCGACUAGUCUCACCUGUACCUGGCUGUGUCUCAAUGAAGAGUGACAAGUCAUUGGGACUAAAUAUUCUCUUCAGGGAGGGAGAAUUAUCCACUGGGAAAAGCAGUAUCUCUGAGGAGAUUGACCAGUCAAUGGAUCACCAACCCAGAGUCCCUACUGAUGACAAAGUGUACAACACUGUUUCCACUAAGACAGAAAUCCAGGAGAAAAUGAAAUCCUACUUGAAGAAUAGGGCAUAUUCUUUAUUUGAAGGCUUUGAGGAUCAAGCCAAAAAAACACCUCUUAACAACAUCUACACAGAGCUCUACAUCACACAAGGUGGAAGUGGAGAGGUUAAUUAUGAACAUGAGGUAAGACAGAUUGAGACAGCAUGCAGGUUUCCAGUAGAACAAGAGACAUCAAUCCAACUCAAUGACAUCUUCAAACCCUUACCUGGACAAGACAAGCUUAUCAGAACAGUGCUGACAAGGGGAGUUGCUGGCAUUGGAAAAACAGUGUCUGUGCUGAAGUUCAUGUUGGACUGGGCUGAAGGAAAAGCAAAUCAAGACAUCCAGAUCAUCUUUCCACUUCCUUUUCGGGAUCUGAACUUGAUGAGAGAUAAAAAUCAGAGUCUGAUAGAACUACUUUAUCACUCCUUUAUAGAAACAAAAGUAUCAGAAAUCUCAGAAAACAAAAAUAUUGUGUUUGUUUUUGAUGGUCUGGAUGAAUGUGGCCUUCCUCUGGACUUCCAGAAUAAUAAGAUCUGCUGUGAUGUCACAGAGUCAACUUCAGUGGAUGUUCUUCUGACAAACCUCAUCAAAGGGAAUCUGCUUCCCUCUGCUCACAUUUGGAUAACAUCCCGACCCACAGCAGCCAAUCAGAUCCCUCCUGAGUGUGUUGACCAGGUGACAGAGGUACGAGGGUUCAAUGACCUACAGAAGGAGGAGUACUUCAGGAAGAGAAUCUCUGAGGAGGACUUGGCCAGCAGAAUCAUCUCACACAUAAAGACAUCAAGGAGCCUCCACAUCAUGUGCUACAUUCCAGUGUUCUGUAGGAUUUCAGCCACUGUCCUAGAGAGACUAUUGACUGAAACAGAGAGUCGAGAGAUCCCCAAGAAUCUGACUCAAAUGUACGCUCACCUCAUGAUCUUCCAGUCAAAACUGAGGAGUCAGAAAUAUCCUGUAAAGCCUUCCAACGAUUUUUACUGGGAUAAAGAGAUGAUUUUGUCACUGGGAAAAUUGGCUUUUCAACAGCUAGAAAAAGGCCAUCUGAUAUUCUAUGAGGAAGACCUGAGAGAGUGUGGCAUUGACAUCAAGGAUGCGUCUGUGUACUCUGGAGUGUGCACUCAGAUCUUCAGAGAAGAGUCUGGGCUUAACCAGAUGAAGGUGUACUGUUUUGUACAUCUGAGUAUCCAGGAGUUUCUGGCUGCACUAUAUGUGUUCCUCAUGUUCACUAACAACAACAACAAUCUGAUGGCUAAAGAGAAAUCCUCUGCAACAAAAACAGUCUAUAUGAAGAUGCAGUGGACAAGGCCUUGCAGUUUGAAAAUGGCCAGCUGGACCUUUUCCUCCGCUUCCUUCUAGGCCUUUCACUGCAGUCCAAUCAGCAUCUCCUACAAGGCCUACUGACACAGACAGGAAGCAGAUCACAGAGCAACAAGAAAACA